CUCUCUUGCCAGUCUCAGCUGCAGGAGGCUGCAGCUCCAUCACUUCAGGAUCUUCACUGGCACCGGUUACCAGCUCUGAUCUGCCCACUUCCCAGUCAAGCCAUUUUAUUCUGACCCGGGAUCUCUUUAUUUGUUUGCAUGGAAGAUAUCAUCCUACCACAUAUUCAUGGAUUUCUCCUACCAGAACUAAUUUGACUCAAACCCGGGAUUGGUGAAAACAAAACAAAAAAGACAAAAAGGGGUUACUCCAGCGAUUGUUUUAAGGUUUGUGGAAGCUGCAGUUCAGCCUGUCUUGGACAUGGGACCGUGCGUCAGCCGGGAGGGAUCCGGUUCCUGAAGGAGGAAAAGCCCGUGUGCGGGAGUUUUUUUUCAUUUUUGUUUUUUGUUACAGGGGAGGGGGAGCUGUGGGUUUUACGCGCCGAAAUGAUGCGUCCCAACCGCGGCUUCAUCCUGCUCCUCCUCAACGGAACCGCUUGUUUGGUGGCACUGGGUCAAGAAGACGACUCCACCAGCCCCAAGAGCUCUUCAGACGACUCCUCCAAGACGGUGGGCCUCCUGAGCGGGCAGGCUCCCCUUUCGCCCCUGAGCCGCUGGAUGCUUCACAGUAAGAGCAGAGCUGCUAAUACCACCUCUCUGGAGCUGCCCUACCGCUCCCCAGUCCCUUUCUCCAAGCAGGAGUUUUCUAAGCAGGAAUUCUGGGAGAUGUUAGGUAGUGACCUGCUCAAACCCGAUUCAUCCAGCUCCAGGGUCAAACGGCGGCCCAUCGUUAAGACCGGCAAGUUCAAGAAGAUGUUUGGCUGGGGAGACUUCUAUUCCAAUAUCAAGACGGUAAGGCUUAACCUGCUGAUCACCGGCAAGAUUGUGGACCAUGGUAACGGCACGUUCAGCGUCUACUUCCGCCACAACUCCACGGGUCAGGGCAACAUCUCAGUCAGCCUGGUGCCACCUGUCAAGGCGGUGGAGUUUGACCUGGAGCGCCAGAGCGUGGUCUACCCCAAGGACUCAAAGAUCUUCAACUGCCGCGUGGACUAUGAGAAGGUGGAUCGCAGCAAGCGCACCUCGCUGUGCAACUACGACCCAUCCAAGACCUGCUUCCAGGAGCAGAUUCAGAGCCACGUGUCCUGGAUUUGCUCCAAGCCUUUUAAGGUGAUCUGUAUCUACAUUUCCUUCUACAGUACAGACUACCGCCUGGUCCAGAAGGUUUGUCCGGACUACAACUACCAUAAUGAGAUGCCCUACCUGCCCUCGGGCUAGAAGACUCAGAGGGGGGAGGAGAGGUGGGAGGGGAGAGGAAAAAGGGGGGUGAAUCGGAGUGACUGUAACACAUGAGAAGGAAACCAGGGCUGUGAAUCGUCCUUAAUGCCAUUGUGGCAGCAAGACACCUUAAAAAAAAAACUCUCUGUAGCCUAACUAUUGUAAAAACAUAUAUGCAAGACAAAAAUUACAGUAUGCAUAAUGAUGACAGUGAGGCAUUUGGAAUGCGGCAGCAUUCAUUAACUGGACUGGUCGUGAAAAUCAAACAUGCACAUUCUUACCUCAAUUCAGUUUCUAAAUGCCAACUCGUCGCCAGCUAAUUCUCUCUUCCAUUAUGCCACUCGUGAAUGUGAAUGUCCUUUUCAUCACCCUUUACUAUAAUUCACUCUUUUGCAAAGUCACAAGGCAGCAUUUCCAGGAAUGGUGCGAUACGAUUCACAUGAGAGUAUGCAAAUUCAGACUUUAUUACAAACAUCACGCAGGGUACACGCACCCCCACCCCUCCUUCGCACAGUUACUAGUAGCCAGAGAGGACAUGGAGUUUAAAAAAAAAACAUGAUGGAUUUAUCAGAAAAGGUAAUUAUGUUCACUGAAGCUUCUGCGCAGUAGUCACCAGACGCCCCAGUCUUCUGAACAUAGCCAUGCUGAGACAUACAGAGAGAGUUGCGUGGAGGUGAUAGGCUUAAUUAGUUUUUUAGCAACUCAUUUGGCAAUGGCUUGAAUCUAACAGAUGUUCAAUAAUUUUAAAACGUUACACACUAAAGCUUUAACAACUCGCACACUGUAAAUGAUUAAAAAGUUACCAGAGGGAACACAAAGCGUUGUUUUCUCAAUAAGAGUAGAUUCAUGUAAAGUGUAACACACCAGUGGAUCAUUUAGGUUACACUCAAAUAAAAGUCUCUUCAAGGGGCAUGGACUUUAAGUCUGUACCAAAAAAAAGUUCCUUUCACCACCCCCCCCUCCCUCGUCAACAUCCUCAUGUGUAAGCAUCCCACCACGGCAUUGUCAAUGUGUAGUUUACGUUCGCAGCCUGCCAAAUCUAAUCACAAUACAUCUCUCAGUUAUGUCACCUCUAUUUCAAUAAAAGAGGAAUAAGAGGGGGAGAGGGAGGAAGAAAAGAUAAUAAAAUUUGCAAGAAAAAGCAAUUGCUCAACAAAGAUUCAGGGACAGGACUUAAGACAAGUUCAGCGUGGGGGGGAAUAACUAGAUUCUGCAUAGAGAUAGAGUUGGCCCUCCACACUUAAGAGAGAGAGGGGGGAGGGGGGGAGAAGGAGGUGGAGGAGUGAGAAAGGGAGGGAUUCAGUGAGCUGUUUUAAUUAAAGUGGAGAAGGAGACUUAGAAUAUGCAGCUCCUUCUAUUGUCCCCUCUGUAUGAAAAAGAUUACAUUUUGUUGCCGUCAGGAUUCCUGAUUUCACGCCUUGAUAACUUUGACUGUGUGAGGCAGAUUGCUCUCUCCCGACAAAUUCUGUGUUCACUAAAGUCGGCCUGUUAUCUUGAAUAAAUGAAAAUAUUAUCAUAAUAAUUACAUAUAAUUUAAUCUUCUUUAGAACUAAUUAAGGUUUCAACGGGAGGGCAAAAUGUAUUCCUAAAAAUCAAGUCAGCGAGUAGGAAGAUGAGAGGACGUUCACGGGGAGGGUUGUGUUUUUUUGCGCUGAGCCCGGAGUUGAGUGCUCUCAUUAAGAUAAAUGGCUGCUGGCUGGCCCAUUUCAUGUUGCUUUCUGUAGACAGUAUCAGUGGAGAGAAGUGCACAAUGGAGCUAUAAAUUAGGUAGGCUGACAUUUUGUUGGUGAGAGUGCACAAUGACUUUUUGGUGAACAGUCACCAGACAGGUGUGAAGAGUCAUUAAACAGUGAGGUCAGGUAACCAGUUUGAUGCUAAUGUUCUGUGAAGCCAGGGAUUUAGCUCAGAUUGGUGCGUGCUUGGCUGGAGCUAUGCAGCGAUGUCCCAGGUGGACCGCCGCAACGGUAAGCAAUCCCCAUGAAGCAAACCUCCUUUAUGUGUGUGUGUGUGUGUAUUAGAGGGGGGGGGGGGAGCAUAAAGCCAGACAUAAAUGAUUUGUCUUUACUGCUUUGUGUGAGAUUGAGGGGCCGAUAAAAUAGGGAUAGGGCUAAAUACAGUGGCAAAGACCUGUAAAUCUGCACAUCAAAGCUCUGCAUUUGUUUUAGUUCAUCUUAAUGGGGGGAGUAGCUCCUCUCCAUAUGCGACCUCAUCAACUUGUGGCCGCAAGCAAAUAGCAGCAGUGCACAAGCGAUUCUGCAGGGGACAGGCAGCUACAGCACCCGCAACAAUGAUAAAGGCUGUUCAUCUUGCAAAGUCAAACGUCCGGGUCCACUUGCGCGUGAUUGUUUUAUCAAAACAAAACAUGAACCGAUAUAUGUUAACAACACCGGUGUCUGUGUCUCUGCUGUAAGUGUCUCACAAUUAAGAAUCUUUACAGAGGGGAUUUUCCAUCAAUCAGAGUGCCAACUGAGAAAGCUUGUAAGGACAGAUUCUGAUUCCCGUCACAUCACAGAAAUGCAGAAUUAAUGUGAAAGCAUAUAGAGAGAGUCAGAGUGGAACAUGCAAUAUAGAUGUAGGUCCUGUCUGCCUGAUGAGAUACAAAGCUUGUAAAAUGAACAUCAACAAGCAUGAAUGAACCUCUGCUUAUUGAUUUCCUCAGCCUCCAACACUCUUCACCCCGUUCCUCUCCAGAAGUCUGCAUGUUGCUCAGCCAUAUGCCCCGCCAUCUUCACACUGUGGUCCUCUCCUUGUGUGUGACCCGGCUGAAUGGCCUAAGCCUCCCUACCCUCUCUACCUCCCUUACCCUGGCGUUGAACCCUGCUGUGAGUAGUUCCUCAUUGCUGCCCUGCCCGCCCUCCUGCACACAGCGCUGAGCUGAGCUGGCUAAUCUCUGUGAGCUUAAUGCCGAGCCAACGGAACUCCCCUCUCUUCUUCUCUAUCUAUCUAUUUUCCUCUAUAUCUAUGUCCCAUCAAACAAAUGCGUGUGCACACACAGUCUUAAGAUGUGCUGGUUUAGGUAUUUCCUCUCUCCUGUUCAAAGCAUCUUACUUAAGCCCGGGAUUGUGAGGACAUGAAAUCUCCUCAAGAGCAUGCCAACGGCGUGCCCGACACAGAUACGCCUCAGUAACCUCAAUACCCCUCUCCCCGCCUCCUGCAGGGCGACCAGAGAGAAGCUGGAUACUCACACAUGUUGGAAUCAAAGCUGGUCCACAUGGGCCCACAAUACUGAGCUCAUUUGGAAAAAAACAAGGACACAUCUUGGCCUACAUGCUGAGAAGAAGCCCCUCACUCUGCUCCUUAAUGAUCCUCUCAGAUUUACAGCAAUACUCUCACUGAGACUCCACCCUCUCCGCCUCUCUCCGGGGAGCGUUAAAAAGGCUUGCUGGACUAAGUUUAAGAGACAGCCAUAUUGCUGUGGGAUGGACGGUGUUGUUACGGCAGCAGCCUUACUGUUGACUCAUCUAAUGCCAACAGGCGUGGAUAUUUGGCCUUAGAGACUGCAAGACAACACUGGUCUCAGCUCAGAAUAGUAACAAAAACAUGUAUAUAUAUAGAUAUAUGUAUAUCUAUAUCUAUAUAUAUAGAUAUAUAUAGAUAUAUUGAUAUAAAAGCUAAGAGUCCUCAGAUCUGAAUAAAGUUGUAUUUAAAUGUGGGUGAUGCAGUGGAGGUUGUCUGUUUUAUCUUUCUGUUCCUCAUGCUUUUGUUUCUCUAUGUCAUGUGGAUGAUAUACUGUAUGGAUGAUAUGAUGGCAUUUACUGUGGUUUCCAACAUUCUAAAAAUCAAUAAAGUACACAAGUACUUAAGUAGUACUUAAACCA